CUACUAUAUAACAAAUAAUUUGAGAACGCUAAGAAAGAGAAGGCAAGAUGUAAGGGAGACAGUGAAAUGAAGUGUCAUGUACGGAUAUGACAGUAGAACAUCGGGACAAGCCAACAGAAACAUGAUACAGCUAUUGCAGGUGGCGCAUCCUCCGCUCCAAGACACCAGACCCAAAACAACACACAUAACUUCCUCCCUGUCACGAAACUUCCCCCUCCACAAAUCAGCUUACUACAAGAGCUACAAAUACAAUGUGCUGAGCAACAACGGGAGACUCCACAAUGGAGGGAAUGGUAAUAGUGGGGGACAGAAAGGUGGACAAUGCGGACAGAGGAGCGGCAUCACUCAAUCUGCUCCUAACUUCAACAAUAUCUCCAUGAGAGAGCAGGUUUCAUUCCCGGUGUGGACAAAGCCGUUCCGUCCUAAACAAAGUACAGCUUAUUCCGGUGGGAGGAAGUUAGUUCAGUCAAGACAACCCAGCCACUUUGUAGUGCAUAGUAAAAGCCCAGCACGACUCUCUACUAAGGGCCAGCAGAAGGAGGACCUGCCACCAAUAGUAAACACCAGGUGCCCUGCAGCAGAAACCACACCCCUCUCCCCUGCUGCCACCCCUCCGCCUAUCAGGGUCACCUUCAACUACAUCAACAGGAGGAACAGUGAGACCCCCACCACGGAGGAAACUUCAGAGUCUAAAGACCCUGCUGAGCAGCUGACUCUAGCGAGGUACAACGAGUUUCUCAGGAGAGUGGGCCACGCUGAUCUCACUCACAACUCUUACGUCAAGGUUGAGAACUGGUUGUCGGCUCUUGAGAAGGACGGUACUUGGCCGGUACAGUGGUUCUCGUCUAAAACUAAAAGAUAAACACUUUCAAAUACCAAGUGCACUCAGCACUUACUCCAAACUUGAUGAUAGAUAUGUAUAACUAUAUUAUAGAAAGUCUGCGGAGGUUUUAACAGAGAGUUGGUUUAUCAGACAGUUAAUUUAGUAAUAAUUUCUCUCGUUUUGAACACAGCGGUAUUCUAUACAAUUGAUAUUUAUAGAUCUAUAUUUUAGUUGCUAGCUCAUUAUUUCAGUCACAAGCAGUCAGCAACGCACACAUUUCUUGUAAAUAGUAAUACGACAUAAGUUUUUAAUGAUCUGCAAUUUCAAAGGUAAAGCAUAAUUGUGAGUAUAUCAACAGAUUAAAAUGUUCUUUAAUUAUUGGGUGAUGGCAUAUAUAAUGAAUGAUGAUCACCAGAAUCAUUGUAGGUUUAUAAGUAUAACCUACCAGGACGCGCGCCGAGUUGGACUCGUCGACGGUCCUAAUCCUAUAUUUGAAACAAAUAUUUUACGAGUAUCACCCGUUAACAGAAUCAGCUUAGUUUGAUCGGAAUAUCAGAUGCUUUUUAUUUAGAAAUAUUUUAUAAUAGACAAUGUCGAUGUAUGAUUAUUGAUUUUGAUGUAUGUGCCGCUUUUGGGUUACACACUUUUUAUAUAAGUAUAAAA